GCUCAGUCCAACGUGGUCCCUUCAACCGGGCUCUGCUCUUGCCUUCUCCACACUUGUUUGAGGGAAGUCUGGCCCCAAAUGCCGGUGAACGGACUGUGGAAUUCUCCUGUGUCCUGAGGCCAGCCCAGAGACCCCACGUCUUGUCCAUCCCGGAGCGCGUCUUGGUGGCCGGGGCGCCAUGCGACUGGAGGGAUGCUAACGUGGAAGACCUGGCAAGGUGCGGAACCCUCCAGAAGUGCGGUCAAGCGGUGGCAGCGGCGGCGGCAGCGGAGACGGCGAGCCAGGAACCUCCCCCCGAGUCCCCAACCUCCCAGCGAUGCGGUCGAACCCUCGGAGAAAGUUUGCAAACUUCCAGCGGGCGCGGCGAGGACGCCGGGUCACCUAGCGGGUGGACAGGCGGGUGCGCGGGGGCUCGCUCCCUCCGGGGUGCCGAGCCUGCCGCUGCCACCUCUCCUGCAGGGCUGCCCGCGGCCGGUGGGCACACGGCCCUGGAGAGGAAGUCGCUCUCGGAGGGCGCUCUCGGAGGGCACUUUGCUCGUAGAGGCUCUGGGCGCGGAAGUCUCGAGAGUGGCCAGGCUCUGCUUUCGCUCCUCCAGCCGCUCCUGCCGCCCUCAGUUCCAUGCUCGCUGGCAUCACUACCUCUUCCCCGCCGCUGCCCCAAGUGACAGCUGCCGCUUUUGCCGCGGCGCGGGGGCAGUUCACGGCUGCGGAACCUCUACGCCAGAUUCUCCGGGGAACCGCUUAAACUUUUCACAAAGUUCUUAGAGGGGCAAAACGUGUGAAGGAACCAAGGAGAUGUCUCCCGCCGGCUGUAUCCCGCUUCUUUGCCAAAGAUUUGUUGGGGGGUGGGGGUGGGGGGAUGAGCUAGAUAAAGCCCAGACCUUGUCAUCCCCCUCCCCAACUUUCCCUGAAUGGGUGCCGCCCCCACUUGACGCUUGUUCAAGGCCAGGACUGGAGUGAGCUGCUUGUAUAUUUUGUCAGAGUCCGCAGAGUGUGUUUGAUUUUUACUUUUCCCUCCCUCUGACAUGUGUCAAGGAAUAAAGGCUGGAUGCACAUCCGUUACGUCAUUCUGCUGGCCAAUUUAUGAGGAAUCCAAGAUGAAUCUGGAGCAGGAGAGGCCAUUCAUCUGCAGUGCUCCAGGCUGCUCCCAGCGCUUCCCAACAGAGGACCAUCUGAUGAUUCAUAGGCACAAGCAUGAAAUGACUUUGAAGUUUCCCUCAAUAAAAACAGACAAUAUGUUAUCAGAUCAAACUCCGACCCCAACGAGAUUCCUGAAGAACUGCGAGGAAGUGGGACUCUUCAAUGAGCUGGAUUGCUCCCUAGAGCAUGAGUUCAGGAAGGCUCAGGAGGAGGAGAGCAGCAAGCGGAAUAUCUCGAUGCAUAAUACAGUUGGUGGGGCCAUGGCAGGGCCUGGAGCUCACCAGCUUGGCAGCACACGGAUGCCCAACCAUGACACCAGUGUUGUGAUUCAGCAAGCCAUGCCGUCACCCCAGUCCAGCUCUGUCAUCACACAAGCACCUUCCACCAACCGCCAGAUCGGGCCUGUUCCAGGCUCUCUAUCUUCUCUGCUACACAUCCACAACAGACAGAGACAGCCCAUGCCAGCCUCCAUGCCCGGGACCCUGCCCAACCCUACGAUGCCGGGAUCUUCUGCUGUCCUGAUGCCAAUGGAGAGACAAAUGUCAGUGAACUCCAACCUCCUGGGAAUGCAGGGUCCAAAUCUCAGCAACCCCUGUGCUUCUCCCCAAGUCCAGCCGAUGCAUUCAGAAGCCAAAAUGAGGCUGAAGGCUGCGUUGACUCACCACCCUGCUGCCAUGUCAAAUGGGAAUAUGAACACCAUGGGACACAUGAUGGAAAUGAUGGGCUCUCGGCAGGACCAGACGCCGCACCAUCACAUGCACUCCCACCCACAUCAGCACCAGACACUACCAGCCCAUCACCCCUACCCACACCAGCACCAGCACCCAGCUCACCACCCCCAUCCUCAGCCUCAUCACCAGCAGAACCACCCGCAUCAUCACUCCCACUCCCACCUUCAUGCACACCCAGCACAUCACCAAACCUCGCCACACCCACCCCUGCACUCCGGCAACCAAGCACAGCAGGUUUCACCAGCCACGCAGCAGAUGCAGCCAACCCAGACAAUACAGCCGCCCCAGCCCACAGGGGGGCGCCGGCGAAGGGUGGUGGAUGAGGAUCCGGAUGAGAGGAGGCGGAAAUUUCUGGAACGGAACCGGGCCGCCGCCACCCGCUGCAGACAGAAGAGGAAGGUCUGGGUGAUGUCACUGGAAAAGAAAGCUGAAGAACUCACCCAGACAAACAUGCAGCUUCAGAAUGAAGUGUCUAUGUUGAAAAACGAGGUGGCGCAGCUGAAACAGUUGUUGCUAACGCAUAAAGAUUGCCCAAUAACAGCCAUGCAGAAAGAGUCGCAAGGAUAUCUAAGUCCGGAGAGCAGCCCUCCCGCGAGCCCGGUCCCCGCUUGCUCCCAGCAGCAGGUCAUCCAGCAUAACACCAUCACCACGUCCUCGGCGGUCAGCGAGGUGGUGGGAAGCUCCACCCUCAGCCAGCUCACCACUCACAGAACAGACCUGAAUCCGAUCCUUUAAAAACCAGGGCUCAGACCUUGCCUCCAAGAAGAGCUGCCGCGUCCCAUGCGUCCUUUCCUUGAAGGGCAUUUUUAGAAUUAACUCAGACCUGGAAGACUCCUCAGCUCUUCAGAGACUGGCUUUCGUUUUUACAGUCAUCAUGGAAAUGUUGUCUUUUAUACUUAGUUCUAUGAGAAAAAAGGGAGUUAUGCAAUUACUAUCUAUCAGCUUGGGAAAUGCUUUGGUGCUUUUCUCCAGUUUUCUGGUACCAGUUACAUGUUUAUAAACUGAAUGCUUUCUGUAUAUAGUCAUGGUUUCAUUAGCAGUCCAACCCUUUGCCUGAGACAUUGACUCUUGUUAAGCCGCAGCUUAUAGUCAAAAUGAGGCAUGCUUAGAUGUCAACAGAUGCAAGGCAACUGGGUGAGAUGUCUGAUGACAUCAUAGUCCGUGUUGAGCUUGUGCUGUGAUGUCACCAGAAUCCCAGAUAAACACAGAGCCUUUUCCACAGCUUUGUUUCUCUUACUAUAAAAAGCGUAAGAUCCAUUGGUGUCCAAAUAACGCCACCAGGCAUCUCCCCACCCCUCCUGCUCCCCUUGGCCCACUUCCUCCAAUGCCCACUUCCUUCUCCGUUUCCACUCCUUGCUGGGCUCCCUGUUUACUCUAUAUCUUUACUUUCUUCUGCUUUAUUUUUCCCCCUUGAGCAUUGCAUGUAAAGAAGAAAAUAAUGUUUAAAGAAAAAAAUAAAAGCAAACCUCAGCAAUGUGGACCUAGCCAUUGCUUCCCUUGCCCUUGACCCGCAGCUGGAGUUCAUUCAACUCGUGCUUCUUACAAAAUAGUAACCAGGAGAUGUUUAAUGUGCCUGAUUUAAUGUUUUUAAUAAUCAGAGCAAAUAAAAAGUGGCUUAGCCAUAGGUGAAGCACUGUUGAGUGCCAGCUGUGGAGACACUAGGGAAGGGAGCCGUGUAAGCCUCGAUUGUGAAAGUCCAAAUCAUGAUGCGAGGCUAAAACAUCACACCCUCAAAUCACAGCUGGUUUUAUAUGGCCUGUCUAUAACGUCAAAAACCCAUGUACUAUAUAAUAAUUCAGAAGGGCUCUAUUCACUACACAAAUUACAUUGUUCAGUCAUCAGCUACUAAUAGCCUAAGAUUUAUUGUUGUGUGUGUUUUUUCUUAAGCCUAUGGAACCAGCUUUGCUGUUCUGGUGGGUGAAAGUAGAUGAACUAGUGGAGGAACAAAGAGAGAAAGAAAACCUAAUGUUCCAUUGGGGCACUUCCCGCCCUCCCACGGCAGUGAAAGAAAGGACCCCAUGGACAUGGCUACUCCACUCUCCUGAACAAUUCUGAUUUACAUUUUCAACAACUUUUGUGGAAUUGCCCAUUAUACAAAGCAGAUAGUUCCAAACCACAGUUGUGCCUCCUUGAAUCAAGCCAUUCUACUGUGCUAAUGUUUUAAUAUCACAUCUCACAAAUAACCAGGCUAAUGUUUCUCUUUAGCAGUCUAGACAGGUGCUGGUGUUUCAUCUCCAUUUGAAUGCUUGACCUCCUAACAUGAGUGUGUGUGUGUGUGUGUGUGUGUGUGUGUGUGUGUGUGUGUGUUCAUGGGAUUUAAAGGAAUAGUAUUUUACAAAAGGUGUAGCUUUUAUAAGAGUUCAGAAAAAGGAAGGACGUGUGUGUUUUUUCUCUCACUAGAGUGUAAGAAUCUAUUUUGGAGAAAAAAGAAAAUAUGAGAGUUGUGAAGCAUGAUUUUUAUAACUAGUUUCAGUUUUAUCUACUAACUUACUUUUUAAAUCAAUAUUUAUCAACAAUCUUUUCAUGUAUGCAGUGCUUUUGAAAGAAACUUUUGAGUAUCCAGUGAAACUCAUGACUUGGAUAUAUGGUCUAAAAAUCAAAGCAAAAACAAACAAAAAAAAGAAAAC